CACGCCUGUGCCCGCCUCAUCAUGUCUUCAUUGCAGCAAAAUGAUCUUGCCUUUCUCUCCAGCCUUGUGCUGCGCCAUUCUGCUGUUGGACUUGUCACUGACUGUGAAAGCUGUGGCGGCGCUGUACCCAUCACAAUCUGCCGCAGUGACAAGAAUGGUAAUGAAGGCAAGCCCAUGGCUAUGCAUCGCUCCUGCUCGUUCUACCGGUGGUACCCUCAGCUUAUGACGCGUCCUGAUAUCAUGGCUUUAAUCCCUUUGGCAAAAGGAUCACCGACUCUUACAAGUUCAUUGCCAACUGUAUCUACUUCCUUGGGCGAUGUCUUUUCAACCGCAUUUUCCUCCACUCAGCCUUCAACUUCGACUUCUCACCCUCAGUGGAAUGGCAAGAAGCCAAGGAAGUGGGGGGGUCAAUGCGCUGGCCCUUUUUGCCGCAAAGUCAGUGCACUGUGGUGUCCGCAAGGGAUGUGCCUCAGCCAUUGCACGGAAAAUGGAGGAUGUCCGAUUCAUGGUGUAGAGACACAUAAUCAGCGUAUGGAUGUGCAACCGCUAGAUGUCAAUGGAUUUUACCUAGAGGAUGCUGAGGCGGAAACGAGUUAUGGACAUCGCGAGCUUCAACAGGCACUUGAAGCAUCAAUGGCUGCCACCGGUGGACAACCAGCUCCCUUCCCAUCAUUCCAUGACCUCCUUACCGUUCCAAACCCAUCUCAACUACCUCCACCAUCUCCCGCUCGUACACCCCCACCAUCAUCUCACCCUCUGCGACCAAGUGACGAUGCUGCCUUGUCCACAUGGAUGUUCCCAGUUCACAAGCUUUCCAAGGCUGCUCGUGUGACUGAUCAGCUUGACCCAUUGUGGGCUGGCGACCUCAAUGCACGCGCUCAAGAGGAAAUAAUGAACAAGCGUAUCACUGAAUGCUGA